CACACACACGCACGCACAAAUCUUGCCGGACUCAGAGAGCGGGAGACCGUCUCCCUCCUAAUCUCCCUCAGUCUCAUUCACACCCGAGUUCCCACUCGGUGCUCAUGGAUUUUACGUUCCUUUUUUGCUUCUUUAAAUGCACGUGUGGGCUCACCCGAGCUUAAAAUUUUCAAGAAGAAGGAAGAUAAUAUAUUGGAUUGGUUAGUGUUCUCAACAUUUACAAACGUGUUACAUUUCCAAGAGAUAUUCGGACACCAACCAAGAAAAGUAAUAAAUAUAUCAUCAUUUGUGGUCAUCUACUGAAAGGACUGGACAUUUAAAGCUCUUCUGGCUUUUGACUCUGGACGACUUGUGUGUCAGUCAGAGAGAAAGAGAGAGGGAGAGAGAGACAUUCAUGCCUAGGCGUAGUCAUCAGAAUCUCGGAUACCGCUUCUACGCCGUCUUCUAGAGCGAAUCCCUACCAUUGUAAGUGCCAGUUUGAGUCAGGAUUUGGAUGAAAAGUCCGUUUUCCAAAGCUUCUUUCUCCACCAAGGAUAAAGUUUUAUGUGCGGCUGUGAGUGUGUGUAUGCACGCGAGUGUAUUCUCGUGCGGAUAUUUGAAGAGAAGCGGAAGUAGACUGGGUGACACAGAGAACGAGACAGCAGUCUUCAAGGAAGAGAGUGGCUGUGUCAAUGAGGUUACUUAGGAGAGGAGUUUGGCGUUGAUAUACCGUGACGUAACACUAGAAGGGUCACAAGCGGACAGGAGAGAUUUGUGACGUCACAAAGGUGACGGGAGACGACCUCACUCAAGAUGCCGUGGACUACGAGCCGGCUGAUGGAGCCGGGUCUGCUUGUGGUGAUGAUGCUGAUGAUGGCGCCAGUUUUUGUCUCAGGGCAGGAAACUAACGAUUGUCCGCCCAACUGGUUCACCUUCGGCGGCCAGUGCUACCACUUCGUCCAGAAGCCUCUGCGCACGGUCCAGGAGGCCGUGCUGUAUUGUCAGAGGAACCAUUCGUCUCUCCUCAGCGUGGACACGCAGUCGGAGCACAACUUUAUCCAGAACUGGCUGCUCAAACAAGAUGGCGGCAGACAAGAAUGGCUGACCAGCGGUUUCCGCGAAGCCAGUGGCCGCAUGGUGUGGACAGCGGACAAGUCGGAGAUAGACCCUGACAGUCACCACUUUGUCAGUGACGCGGCCAGAGACGAGGACAGAAAAGAUCCAAGGAACGACUUGAAGCAUAACAGGAUAGUUUACAGAUAUUUUGCUUUCGGUACGGGUAUCCAAGACCCCAACAAAUGGCAGGUCGGCCCAAAGAUCGUGGGCCAGUCCAUGGACACAGUCUUCUUCCGGGUUGGGGACAGAAUGACCCCUGUUGUGUUGGAGUGUGAGGCUACGGGGAACCCCGCACCUUCUUACAGAUGGAUCCGUCGGAAAGUCGGCGACAAACAUCGAGAUUUUCUCCAACCUUCCCCCUAGCCCACUGAUAGCCACCAAAUACAAGGGCGCUGUGCUCACGUGCAACCCGCCGCAGUACACACCGGCCGCCACAUUCAAUUGGUUCAAGGGUGACGUCAGACACUUCAUCCGGCCUAGCCUGAACGCUCAGUACUUCCUCUCCAAGGGAGGAGGUUUUUACAUCUCUGAAGUACAGGAUUCUGAUGAGGGCGGCUACUACUGCACAGCGUUUCUGGCACCCGGAAGUGGUCAAGAGCUAGCCUCUCUACAGACGAUUUCUGUGCUCUCCACCAUCAUGCAAAUAGACGUGGUCGGCUCCAACGCCAACACCUACGGGCCAGACAUCCACGACCAGUUUCCUCAACAUUUCCCGGAGCUUCCUUUCCUUGGGGAUACAGUCAGCAUAGAGUGUCUGGCUUAUGGAAGGUUACCCCUAAACUACCGGUGGGUGCGUGAGGACGCAGCCUUGAACCCUCGUGCCAAGGUCACUGACCACGGCCGCGUCCUGGUCAUCCCUGAUGCGCGUCUGGAGGACACGGGAGUUUACACGUGCGUGGUGCAGGGAGUGAGUGAUACAAGGAACAAGUCACGACAGCUCACCAUGAAUG